AUGGUGGCCCGUGCAGGACAGGCGGAUUUCGUGCUUUCAUACCAGGAAGGCGACCUCGUCCAGGUUCCACUUAGCGUCGUCUUGGUCAGAUUCUUGGUGACUGAAAUGGAGAGGGUGAUGCGUUACGGGAUAUGGAUACUGUCUCACAAGGAAGUAGCCGGCAACACUGAGCGGCUUGUAACUACGGACACAAGGUUUUUGCUAGGACCAGUUAAACAUCGGGACAGGAAAAAGAACUCAAGAGUUGUCCGAAGAUGGCACUACCGUGAUUUGGAGUACGAAUGCGCGUUUCUAACCGUAUUGGUAGGGUUCUAUCUAUCUCUGCACACACAGGUACCCCAGAAACGAGAAAAUUCUGCAAAAAUACGCCACGGGCUACUUUUGUCUAUCGGCUUGACUAUUCUUCGCCCUGAAACUAUUAACUCUCCCACUUACGAGCUGCGUGCCUUCACGUCGUUUGCGUCUGAACUGGCUUGA